AUGGCAGAAGAGAAAAGCUUAAAUGCGUUGACUAACAUGCCCAGCUGCAAAAUGCAAUUAUCAUCCCAGCGAUCACCAGCAACCCCUUCCACAUUAGCAUCCGUAUCUAUCCCCAAAACUCAGAGUUAUUCAACGGCAUUACCUUACUUAACCGGCUCGUCCUUUAUGCCUCCUGUCUUGAAUGGUCCAGGCCAAAAUUACAAUCAAUAUAGGCAACAAACAGGUAUCCCCAAGGACGCUAUUGCAAGCACGUUAAAUAUUAACCGACUGCAAAACACAUAUUUCUAUAACAACAAUAAUCUAGGAGAUAUUACAAACUUUCACACUACUCCGUCUAAUUCCAACACCUUCAACCCACCUGAUUUGAACAUAAACUUUGGUGAUACAAAUUCUAUCUCAGAAUUGGGCUGUUCCACAAAAUUACCUACAGAAUUAAUGAAUCUGGAAACUGGUGGUCAAUCUCUAUCUACCGCCAAAACUCCGGCAAACAAUGUUGACCCUUUAUGGCCAGGUAUUCAUCAAAAACAAGCAGGUCUACUUACCAAUGAGAAGCAUAAGCAAACCACACAGCUGCAGCGUCAUAAUAUUGUUAAAAGUUGUCACUCGAGGCAUACAUCGCGCUCCAAGCUAAAAACUGCACACAUGUCAAAAGAUCCUGUUGUGGAGGAGAAAAUUACGCAACUCUUAAAAUCAAUGAGAAACGGUAGCAUAUGCAGCGACGAUUAUACAGAUAUAACUUUCAAUAAUUAUGACCCAAACAACAGCUCAUUCAGAACAGAAAAUAUCGAUGAAGAUGAAAAACUGCUUGCAAGUGAAGAAGGAAAAAAACUCAGCAGCAAAGAGCGUCGACAACUCCGAAAUAAGGUCUCUGCCCGUGCGUUCAGGUCGAGGAGAAAGGAAUAUAUCAAUCAGCUUGAAGAUGAGAUUGCUGUUAAAGUUACUGAAAAUGCAGAUCUUUGUGCUUUAAAUCAAGCAUUAAUAGCUGAGAAUACUCGCCUUACUGAUAUUACUCAUUCACUCCUAUCUUCUUCAUCUUUUUCUGGCUUUGUAGAGUCAUUAUCCGUUGAUUAUGCUAACAAACAGCCAUCAUCAACUUUACAGCAACAACAACAAAUAGAACAACAUCGAUCCCGACUGCCUAAAGAAACUGAUCUUCAUUUUAAUCAAAUACAGAUAGAGAAUUCUAAUAUCGGCAUGAUAUACCCGCCUGAGACUCGAAUAGAUUAUUCUAUUUCUGAUCAUUUACAUGAAGGAAAUUCCUACCAACCGCGAGUAUUUUCCUUACUAAGCCUACCUGAAGUAUUUUUAGACGCGGAAUCAUUUACCACGAAAGUUAAUGGAAGAAAUGACGAAAGAAUUGGGUUCACUCAACAAAUUGAGCAUAAUUUGAUUCCAGAUAUAGCUCCGAAGAAAAAUACAAACUUACUCAACGAUAACAAAAUUUCUAACCCUGAAAUUGGUCUUCAUGAUAUCAAUCACCAAGUUUUUGAAUCAUGUAAAUUGAAUACGCUCUCUCGCAACGAAUUAUCAAUCAACUGCUUCCUUUCCGAAAUUACAGCCAAUAAUACAAACCCUAAUACAAAUCUAACAAAAGCUAAUCAAUUGAUUUUCGAAAUAGAAGCUUGUAUAAAGCGACUGUCUAAACUUUCUCGGUACUCAUAG